AUGGAUCAGGGCAAGACUUGGAGUCCUGCUGGCUUCCACAUGACUGGGACUCACCCAUUUGGCUUAUCAAGCAGCAGAUUCUCUCCCUCCAAUUUAGGAAGGAGCACCUUCUGCGCAAUCAUUUCUCAGCUGACGGAGGAAACACAGCCACUAUUUGAAACCACUAUCAAAUCCCGUGCUGUGUCCGAGGACUCUGAUGCUAAAUUCACGUGCAUAGUGACAGGGUAUCCACAGCCAGAGGUGACGUGGUACAAGGAUGAUGAGGAGAUGGAUCGCUAUUGUGGCUUACCCAAAUAUGAGAUAUUCCGUCAUGGAAACCACCACACCCUGCAGCUCUACAAGUGCCGAGAAGAAGAUGCAGGCAUUUACCAGGCCUCAGCUAGAAAUAACAAAGGCAUCGUGUCCUGCUCCGGUGUGCUGGAAGUGGGAACCAUGACAGAGUUCAAAAUCCAUCAGAAGUGGUUUGACAAAAUCAAGAGAAAAGCUGAAGAAAAGAUGCAAGAAAUAGAACAGGACAAGAAACGAGGAAAAGAAAAUGUGGAAGUGGAGAAAUUGCAAGGAAUGAGCCCUGAACGGCUCCAGAGGAAGCGAAGGCUGGCUAGAGAUCAGAAUCUCCGGACAGGAGACUCUUCAUGGGAGAAGGAAGACGCAGCAAAAGUGCACGUCGCAGAUUCACAGUCCAGGUUACCCAAGGAUAUUGCUGAGACAAAGGAGCAGCCACUCAGUGCAGUGCCAGGCUUCCCAAACCAACUGGUGACACCUCUGAAAGCAGAGGUGACCACCAAUGGAGAUGCCACUUUGGAAAGUGGGGAGGAGAAUGGGAACAGCUUUCUCACGUAUAUCUAUGAGACAGUGGAGGACUUGGCGAUUAAGCCAGGGGUGAAAGACUCUGCGGCUAAAAAGAAAAAGAAGGUAGAGGCUCCUUCAGCAGCAUCACAGGAAGUUUCUAAGCAAGAAGAAAGUGAGAGAGACAGGCCCAAUCCAUCUUCAAAUCCCAGGUUUGCUCCUCCUGUCCCCUUACGCAGAAAUGCACGUUUGAGGGCAGCAAGUGAUCAAGAAGCGGAAACCAGUCCAAAACUCAAAGAGCCUGGGAAAGAUGUGAAACAGGACAUUAAACCUAAUGAUGACGUGCACUUCUCUUUAAAGGACAUGUAUUUUAAUAAGCAAGUGAAGCCAGCGGCAGGGAAGGAGGAGGUGGGAGCCAAGGAUGAGGCCAGGAGUGAGGCUGCCCUGCAGCCUGUGACAGUCAGCAGACAGACAGAGGAUGCUCCAUUGGCCUCUGAGGUGCUGGAGGCAGGACCUGUGCUGUCCGAGGGCCAGAGAGGCCAGCAGCAAGAACAGAAGUUGGAGGGAAACAAAGAGGGUGCAGCAAGAGUUGGACAGUCUCUUGGUGACCUAAAACAUCCGGUGUGUAGUCCAACCAAAGAAACCAGUCAGCAAGACAGUAAGCUAGAAGAGGUCAGGAAAGAGGUGCCUGUUUGCCAGGAAACCAGGGGGGCUGUGAAAAGGAUAAAUCCUCGGUUUAGGCCUCAGGAGCCACCAAAGCCACCAGCACCUUCUCCAGACCAUGUACAGUCUGGAAAGGAGCACCCAACCCCCAGGAAACAGGCAGAAAGACAUUCCCGUGCUCUUGAGGACAGAGAGACUCAGCAAGGACUGCUAAAUCAAGAGAACAAAAGCCAAGGUGAGGAAGAGUCAUUGCUAAAAAAAUUGACUCCUCCAGAAGCUGGAGAAGACACUCCUCUUGAACAAAUUCCAUGUCAGACAGUCAAGGAUGGGAAGAGGAAAGAGGCAGGGGCAGAGCUGUCUGGGAGCCAUCCUGGUGUGAGGACAGGAGGGAGCAAUGCAGCAGAGACAUGUCCUGGGGCUGUGCACAGGCAGGCAGGAGGGACACCUUUGGGCCAUCAGAACACCGAAAUGACAGCUCCUGCUGCAGUUCCUCUUUCCAAGGAAGAGCUGCUUCCUGCUCCUGCAGUGAGGCCAUCAGUGGCUCAGGAGGCAGUGCUGGCAGCUACUGGAAGCCCAGGAAUAGAGGCUACUGCAGGAGAGGUCCUGUCUGGAGCCCAGCUGCUGCCUCCUGCGAGUGGAGAAACAGAAAUCACAGCGACAGAUGGAUCAGCCCCACAAGAGGUGUUUUCAGCCGUCACAUUAGAGGAGGAAAAUGCCAAGCCAGUGCCCAUGGGACCUCAGGGGAAGGAGGGAGGACUCCUGACAGCCACAGCUCCAUGCCAGGAACCAGUAGCAUCUUCAGGGACUUGGGAAGGAGCCUCUGAGGUUCAGCCACAGGCACUGCUGGUCCUUCCCGGCUCAGAGAGAUCUCAGGAGAUGUCUUUGGAGGAAAAAAUGCAGCACAAAAACCUGGUUUCUUCCUUAAAGAACUACCUGCUGCUACUUCUAAAAAUGUCAGAUAACAGUAAGGAUGCCACAAAAGGGGACACUGACUCUGGGGACAAGGAGCAGACAAAUGCAGGGGAAGGCAUGAUCCCAGAAAUAGGCAUUGCUGGCCUUAGCCCUCGCACCUCAAGGAAAGUUUUGGAAAAAGUGCAAAACAACCAGCUCUUCCAGACAGCAGAGAACUUGCCUCUGACCCCCAGGACAUCCAGACGGAUCACAGGAAUGAUUAAUGAGGAGUUCGUUACCAGCAAGGAGAUGCUGGCUUGCAGGCCUGUACCACCGAAGAGACGCACCUGGGGGACUCCUGAGGCCGAGGGGCCACCCCCACUCUCAGUGCCUUCCAUCGUGGUGGGCAGCAUGCCCACAGCAGGAGUGGCUCCUCACCUUUCUGAUUUGCCUCCAGUGAGCUCUGAAGAGAGCCCUGCUGACCCUCUGGCAGUGCUACCUUGUGCCACACCAGAAGAGCUUGCUUUGGGGGCCCGGCGCAAAAUAUACCUGCCAAAACCAAAACAGGUGGGGGUGGAAGAGGAGGCAACCCCAGAGAGCCUGGGGCAUACAAGAAGCCCGACUGUUUCACCACGGCAGUCCAGAAAGAAUGCGUCCCUGUUGCAUUCUCCUCCCCUGGCUCCAUCCUCUCCCUCAGAGCAGUGCUCUCCAACCCUCAUGAGGAAGAUGGCCACGUUGGAGGUGCCUAAACUGUACAAGGAGCCUGCAGGUGACACCAGCGGUGAUGAAGAGGUCCCUGGAUAUACUAAGCCAGAAGCACAGCCAUCAGAGUCCCAGAAAACAAAUAACCCAUUUAAAGCUCCACAGGUGGUCCGUAAGAUCAGGGCAGAACAAUUUUCUGAUGCAUCAGGAAACCUGAAACUGUGGUGCCAGUUCUUCAAUAUAUUGAGCGAUUCUAAGCUGACGUGGUACAAGGACGAGAUCCCCGUUGCUGAAGCCCAAAGGAGUGCUGGUGAUGAGGGCCAGGCAGCUUUGGCUGUUGUGCAAGCUUCCCAGAAGGAUUGCGGAGUCUAUCGGUGUGUGAUCAGCAACGAGUAUGGCACCAAUUCCACAGAUUUCCUGCUCAGCCCAGAAGUGUUGUCAGGAUUUGUCCUGCGGGAAGAGAUCGAAGCUGGAGAGGAGAUCGAGAUGACACCCAUGGUGUUUGCCAAGGGCUUGGCUGAUGCAGGCUAUUGGGGGGAUAAGCUCUUCGGGCGUGUGGUGAGCGAGGACAUGGAAGUGGGUGCUGGUUUCCUGCGCAAAGCCUGCCGUGCCAGAGCCAUUUACGGCCUGGAGCCUGUCUUUGAGUCCGGCCACACCUGUGUCAUCAAAGUGCGCAAUUUCAUCGUCUUUGGGACCAAGAAUGAGAACAGCCUUAUCGAGAAGAACUAUGAUAUCACCAUCCAGGAAUGUAAAGUCCAAAACUCCAGCCGUGAGUACUGCAAGAUCUUUGCUGCUGAGGCACGAGCCGUCCCGGAUUUUGGAGCAGUGCCUGAGAUAAUUCCUCUGUACCUGAUCUAUCGUCCGGCCAACAACAUCCCUUAUGCCACAGUGGAGGAGGACCUCGGCAGGCCCUGCGAGCAGUACUGUGUCACUGAGAAGGAUGGAACUUUGGUGGCACGAGGCACCUCAGAGAUUGUGCUCAAAUGCUGCACAUUCCAGCAUUGGGUUUACCAGUGGACAAAUGGAAACAUCCUUGUGACUGACAUGGAAGGAGUGGGCUGGAAGUUGACCAAUGUGCGGAUCGCUACCAACCUGAAAGGGUACCAGGGGCUGAAGGAGAGCUGCUUCCCCUCGCUGCUGGAGCAGUUCCCGGCUGCUCACAAGUGCAAUCAUUACUGCAGCAUCCUGGGCCUGAAGAUGCUGGAGCCAGCCAAGCCCAAGGGCUCCAAGAGUCCCUGCCUGGGCAGGAAGUCUGCCCAGUCCAGCCCCCAGCUCCAGAAGAAGGUGCUGACAAGUCCUCAGGGCACCCGCAAGGCUUCUGUGAGCCCCAAGAGUACCCGGAGAGCUGCAGAAACAGGGGAGGCCCCAACAGCCUGCAAACCCAGGUCAGGAGAGAGCAACAGAGCUGGCUGCCCACAGUAG